AUGUUAUUCUAAAUCAAUUGAGAUAAAAGGCAAAAGAAAGACAACAAUUAGAAUGAGAAACAACAAUUAACAAUUUCAUCUCUCAAAAUAAAGUUGCCUUUUCCAAUUGUAUCCAUUAGUUAAUUGUCCACUGAGUAGAGAGUGUUAAUCAUUGUAACAAUUAAAAGUCUUCAGUAACUUUUUUUUUCUCAUUUGAGUUUUUUUUUUAAAUAUUUUUCGCAAUAUGAAAGUCGCUAUUAUUGGUCAAAGUGCUUUUGCAAGUUCGGUGUUUGAUGAACUGACCAGUCGAGGCCAUACCAUUGUCGGUGUGUUUACUGUUCCCGAUUCUGAUGAUGGUAAACCCGAUCCGUUGGCCUUAAAAGCUUCUCAGGAAAAUGUGGCCGUUUUCAAGUUUAAACGAUGGCGACUCAAAGGAGCGAUUUUACCUUCCGUUUUUAACUCGUACAAAUCGGUUGGUGCCGAUGUUAAUGUCUUACCUUAUUGUACUCAAUUUAUUCCGUUAGAGGUUAUUAAUCAUCCACCCAAAGGGUCAAUUUGUUAUCAUCCUUCAUUGUUACCUCGUCAUCGUGGUGCUUCAGCAAUUAACUGGACUCUAAUUGAAGGUGAUUCAGAUGCUGGUUUCACGAUUUUCUGGCCUGACGAUGGACUUGAUACUGGACCAAUUUUACUUAAACGGUCAGUUAAGGUUGAAAUUAAUGAUACUGUUGAAAGUUUAUACAACAAUUUCCUGUUCCCUGAGGGUGUCAUUGGAAUCGCCGAUUCUGUUGACAUGAUUGCCAAUGGUACAGCUCCGUCAAUAACACAACCGGAAGAAGGGGCAACUUAUGAUCCAAUGUUAAAUAAAGAUGACCUUUGCCGUUUACCUAUCGAAUCGUCCAGUGGACUUAAGUUACACAACUUUAUUCGAGGUAUGGAUAAAGUUCCCGGUGCUUGGAUAAUCUUACAAGGUGAAAAGGUUAAACUCUAUGGGUCAAGUCUUUUAACCUCCAAUGGUAAACCUUUAAAAGAUUCAACUGAAGUGACCAUUGAAGGAAGUUCAAAACCAGGUAUUAUUACCGAUAAAGGUUUAGUUAUUUUUGGUACCGAUGGUGUUGCUGUUUGUGUCAGUCGAUUACAAUUGGUCAGUUCGGGUAAGAUGAUUGUGGCCUCUAAAUGGGGUUCGAGUGAAAGUACACAAGCGAUUGAAUUUACAAGUGAAGAAGAGGAGUCAAUCGUUAAACCAAUCAAAGCAAUUUGGGAAUCCAUCUUGAGGUCAGAGGUUACCGAUGAUACGGAUUUCUUUAAAUCCGGAGCUGGAUCAAUGGAUGUCACUCGACUUGUCGAAGAGCUCAAAGAUACUUGUCCAAUCGUAACCAAUUUAGCAAACGAAGAUGUUUAUAUGAACACAACUCUAUCAGAAUUCACUCAAAUGGUUGUUUUAUCAACUCGAUCAUCGAAUGUGGCAACUCAAGAGAUUGACCUGAUUCGGCUUGAGGCUAAUAAGAGAGAAAUAACUUUCCCGCAUCAACUGUUUAUCAAUGGUCUUUUCGUUGAUUCGUCUAACGGGGCAACAUCAGCUACGAUUAAUCCAGCGGAUGAAUUGGUAAUUUGUUCAGUUUCAGCUGCGACAGUUGAUGAUGUUGAUUCGGCUGUUGAAGCUGCAACUAAAGCUUUCACUUCGGGUGAAUGGUCAAAAAUGUCUGCUCGUGAUCGCGGUCGAUUAUUGUACAAAUUGGCUGAUUUAAUGGAGGAACAUAAAGAGGAAUUAGCAACAAUUGAAUCAAUCGACUCAGGGGCAGUUUAUACUCUUGCGCUGAAAACACACAUCGGUAUGUCCAUAGAAACAUUCAGAUACUUUGCCGGUUGGACGGAUAAAAUUCAGGGUUCAACAAUACCGAUUUCCAAUGCUCGUCCCAAUCGUAACCUAACAAUUACCAAACGUGAGCCUCUUGGCGUUUGUGGUAUCAUCACGCCCUGGAAUUAUCCUCUCAUGAUGGUUUCAUGGAAAUCGGCGGCUUGUUUGGCGGCGGGAAACACUAUCGUUCUCAAACCAGCCCAAGUAACACCUUUAACAGCACUUAAACUUGCAGAGUUAACGGUCAAAGCCGGUUUCCCACCCGGAGUCUUUAAUGUCCUUCCAGGUUCAGGGUCGAUUGUUGGUUCAGCGAUGGCUAAUCAUCCAGGUAUCAGGAAAUUGGGAUUCACUGGAUCAACGCCUAUUGGUAAGGAGAUUAUGAGAAGCUGUGCCGUCUCGAAUUUGAAGAAAGUUUCCCUCGAACUUGGUGGUAAAUCUCCUUUAAUUAUUUUCUCCGACGCUGAUUUGGACAAAGCGGUUAGAAUCGCCAUGAGUUCAGUAUUUUUCAAUAAAGGUGAAAACUGUAUUGCCGCGGGUCGUUUGUUUGUUCAAAAUUCAAUCCAUGACAAAUUUGUAUCAAAAGUAAUUAGAGAAACAAAGAAAAUGAUCAUUGGUGAUCCGUUGGACAGGUCAACCGCUCAUGGACCUCAAAAUCAUCGAGCUCAUUUUGAAAAGCUUCUCGAUUACAUAGAAACCGGUGUUAAAGAAGGUGCCAAACUUGUCCUCGGGGGUAAAAAGGUUAAUCGACCAGGAUAUUUCCUUGAACCAACAAUAUUUACCGAAGUCACCGAUGAAAUGUUUAUCGCUCAAGAGGAAUCAUUUGGUCCGAUCAUGGUCAUCUCCAGAUUCGAUGACGGUGAUCGUGAUGAGGUGAUCUCUCGAGCCAAUGCAACUGAAUAUGGUUUAGCCUCAGGCGUAUUGACCAAAGAUAUGGACAAAGCUCUUUAUGUUAGUGAGAAAAUCGUAGCCGGUACUUGUUUCAUCAAUUGCUACAAUAAGACCGAUGUUGCCGCUCCGUUUGGUGGAUUCAAACAAUCAGGAUUCGGUAAAGAUCUUGGUCAAGAGGCUUUGAACGAAUAUCUCAAGACCAAAACAAUAACAAUCGAAUACGCAUAAAACGCAAAAACUUCAUUCUUAUUAUUGUAUUUUAACUCUUUCUGUUUAACAAUCAAUUUUAAUUCUAAAUUCAAAUUUUUUCUUUAAUCAUAAUGAUCAUUAAAUCUCGCAUGCGAAAAAUGAACAA